GGAUCCGCCUGGCCUGUCUGGAGCCCUCAAAGAUGAUCACCAGGGUGCUGCUCCUCUCCUCCCUGAUGCUCCUCGGGGCCUUCGACGGACCCGGGCAGCAGCAACAUGGCCGGCAUCCCCACGGCAAGGUGGCCUAUGCCAGUAACGGGUGCAACGCGUGCCGCAUGCACGAGGAGAUAAGGGCGCUCAGCUUGGAGGCCAUCAAGGAACAGAUUCUCAGCAAGCUUGGCCUCAAACAGGCCCCCAACAUGACCGGCAGGGCUCUGCCCCGGAUACCGCCCAUCUCCAAGCUCAUGGACAUGUACGGCAUGCAGGCCGACCAACCCCAGCCCCUGGAGCCGGGCAUCACCCACCACGAGGAGGUCGACGAGUUCGCCGCCAAAACCGAGACGGUCUUCGCCUUGGCGCAACCUCAUCAGAGGCUAAGGCACUCGAAGGGCAGCCUGGACGUGUUGUACUUCAAGUUCUCGGACAAGAUCAUCCAGCACCGAGUUACCAGAGCGGAAUUGUCGCUCUGGAUCUGGGGGACCGGGUCCAGGGAGUCCGGAGACCCGGAGCUGGACCAGGAAACCGAGGGCCCGGUGAGCAUCACCUUGCAGAGAAUAUUGCGGGGCACCACCGAGUCUGGGGGCCCCCUGCUGGGGCCUCCUCUGACCACGAAACACCCCAGGCCCCUGGAGAGACGAGGGGCCUGGGUCACCGUCGAGCUCAGGAGGAUGGUGUCCGAGUGGUUCAAACACCCCAGGGACAAUUUGGGAGUGGCGCUCAAGAUCAGUGACGGCUCCCACAGGAGGAACUCCCGGCUGGUGGAGACCAACCCUGGCGCGGAGUUUGCCCCCUAUCUGGAGGUACAGACCCAGGAGCUCGACUCCAGGAGGGGCGCCAGGAUCAAGAGGAACGUCGGACUCAACUGCGACGAGGCCAGCCAGGAGACGAGGUGUUGUCGGUACAAACUCACGGUCGACUUUGAGAAGUUCGGCUGGGACUGGAUCAUCGCGCCCAAGAAAUACGACGCGAAUUACUGUUCCGGCGACUGUCCGAUGGCGUUUCUGCCUGCGUACCCUAACACGCACAUAGUUAGUCUGGCAGAGCCGCCAAACAACACGGGUCCAUGUUGUGCACCCAGGAAGUUGUCCGAAAUCACGAUGCUCUACUUCGACAACGAGUACCAGAUAGUCUUCUCCAGGUUGCCGGGAAUGGUCGUGGAGCGUUGCGGGUGCUCAUAGUCCCUCGACGGGUCAUCGAGGCUGUCUUAAUCCUCGGCCACGACCACCACGUCGUCGUCGGCUUCCUCGUGAUACUUAACUUAGGGAGAAGAACACCACUGCUCCGAGAAGUUGUCCACAAACCGCGAGAAAAAGCGACCAGACAACAAGACCCACGAUGGUUGGUCGUCCCAGCCCUUCCUGGACAAGUCAGGGAGGGUUCUUGGAGGAAUCGAAGAGGAAGCGAUCGAUCGCAAAGAUUCACGCCCUAGAACGCCUGGUCCAGGUCGACGAAGACCCCCAGCAAUGAUGACGACGGAACCCGAAAAAAUCCCCGACGAUCCCUCGGGUUCCUGUUUUGUGGGCGACCCAACAACGAUACGGCUCCACAAGGGCAGACCACUGCUGGGGAUGAUGACGAAAAGGAAUCUUGGAUGGCGCCAAUGAUUGCUAGUUGCAGUUGGUGGCAUCGGCAUCGACGUUGAGACCUGGUGGAAGGUUCUGCGCUGCGAUCACUGACGAUGCUGGAGAUGGGAAGAAGCAAACGGUCGGAGGCUGUCCAAGGACGAGCUCCAUCCAAUCCGGGCAAGACGUGAUUGUCCUGGCUCGUGAUAUCGAAGACGUAGAGUUCCUGGUCAUCCAGGAAGCUGCGAAAGACUGCAAUGGUCCUGCUGGCGAAGGCGGUCUACAUAAACCUGGAGAAGCUCCAUCACGACUGAGGGAAUAGAUGUCGUCGCAUGUGUUCGUGAUAUUGGGGUAGAAGAGUCCCGGUCGAUGGUGCGACCAGAAGGGUGUUCAAGACUGCGAUGGCCUUGUCAAGGAACUUGGUUGAAGACUGAGAUAAACUCCACGGCGACAGGGAAAUACCGUUGCCUUUACUCGUGAUAUUGAUGGGACUCGAUCCCCCUGUCGAAGGGGUCGACGUCCACCCAGGGAUCCACGAUUUCGGGGGUCCAUCCAAAACGACAGACUCGGUCCAAGACUAGAGUAGUCUCACGGCGAUAGCGAAGGCGUCAUCGCUUGAUCUCGUGAUAGUGAAAUGUUUAGCGUAAAGGGACGCGGGGCGCUGGAUCUUGCUCGAGACGCAACCGCGUCUCUGGAUUUAGGGAAAGCGUCGAGGCGCCCAGACCAGACGAGUCCGCAUCGGCAUCGGAGAUUUCGUCGCUCUUGCUCGUGAUACUUAAGAUGAGGAAUCCCUGCUCACUUGGGGGAGCUUCCUCGUCCAGGAUGUCGUCCAAGGCUGCCAACAACUCGGUCCGGAACUGCGGUGACUCCACGUCGACGGUGAAGAGGUCAUCGCCGGUCUCGUGAUAUUUGCUGUAGAUGAGGCCCUGGAUAGUACCGAGGACUCGCUCACAAAAAUGUCGACAAUUCCGCGAAGAGACUCGCUACAAGACUGCGGUAACUUCACGUUAAUGGUGAAGGUAUCAUCGCCUUUUCUCGUGAUAUUUCAAGAGGAUACCGAUAAUGAGUUAGGGAUGACGUCCGAGGGUAGGAAGAUGUCCGACGUUCGACGGCCUCUUUAGCAAAACGUAGCAAACACCGUGGCGUUUUAGUGAAGGUUCUUUUUUAGGGAGCCCUAGAUCAAGGUGACGAGGAUAGGCUCGACAGAAAGUGUCUUGGUCCAGGAAGUCUGGAGCCUUUUCGACCUGGCCGACAUACUUGUACGUAAAAUAGAUUUCAUUUCAUAAUCGGAUGUACAUUUAGGGAAUCCCUCAGCGGAGAUGGUACACAUCCUGAAAUGAGUAAACCGAUAGAGUUGUGUGAAGUUGUUAGGUGUAUGGGCAAUCUUGAAUGCAUUACAAAACGUUAUACUGGGCUAAGGAAUUUAUUAAUCCUAUUUUUUCAAUCAGAUCUGGAAUUCAACUGUUUCACUUUGGAACCCGGAGAUAUUAGAAAAUGGAGAAACGUUAACGCAAACAAUUAGUUUAGCACAAAUAAUGAAACGUGACUGCCAAAACCCAUUAUAGCUUUUAAGGCACAGAGCAGUCCCAGAAGUCGGCUCAGUUUUUGAGCUACAUGCACCUAUUCUGUGUUCGAUAAUCAUCUUCUACCCCAUACCCUCACCAUAUUCAACUAUAUGUUCAGCUCUUUUUUUAUUCUUGUUAAUUCCCCUUUGCAGUCGAGGAAAUUCCAGUCACAGUUGCAACGCAAUCCCAAUUAAUGUUGAUAGUUUGAAAUGGUAUCCUAGGAUACUUGUGUUUAAUGAGUCCACUUAUCAUAAAAGAAAAAACGUUGGCAGGUUCUCAAACGUUUGUUUAUUCAAAUGAUUAUUCUUUGAAUUAACAAAAUAUUUCUUUGGUACCAUUCAAUGGAACAUUUCUUCGGUUAAAUGAAAUUCUUUUCCUAGGGUGCAGAAUCAAAGAUGGCGAUCUUUGAGCGCUCGAAAAACCGGAAACGGUACCUAAAAGAUCUCGGUGUACGCAGAGGAUUUUCUUUUCCUUCGCCUCUUCCUUCCGACGCCUCUCCACUUCUUGUUGCGUAGGGUCGAAAUGCCUCCACCUUCUAAUCACGUACAAACGAUUUGCUAUCGCAUAAUUUAGUUAACUUUUCUACUGGCAAAAGUGUACAUGAACGAAACUUGUAAGAAUGCGGUAUGUUCGUAGUAUAUUCGCCCAGAAGGAAUCCCCUUUCCACGUCCCCACGAAUUUUCCGCCGUAUUGUAAUUCCCAAGACAUGUUACCGUCCUUUAAUUUAUUACAACCGCCGGAGCCUGGAUAUUGUAAGUGACGAAUUUUUUUUAUUUCAGUCCAAGAUGGCAGCUCGAACAGGUUUGAGGGUGGAUUCUGUAACUCGAAUCUGGUGACAAUUUAUAGAUUUCACUUUUUCAUUUUCAUAACCGGGCGAGUAAACUCGCGUGAGAUGACAGGCCGAGAAGUGAGCAGUCUCGCCAAAGUUACAGAAUCGACUCCCUGGUCAACGUCAGCCACGGUCCCACAUCCUCCUUUAUUUUUUUGUCAAACGUUAACUGGUCUACCGGAUGUACUUCCAUCUCACUUUUUCCCUUCUUCCCGGCGUCUGUCCCGUCUUUCUCUCUCUCUUUCGCUCUAUUUCUUUCUUUUUAGAAAGUAUGUGAGAGCGACGCAUGUAUAUAUAAUAUGCGCGCGGCCCGGUCACGUGACCCGUGGAAAUAGGGUCGCGCGGCCCCGGCGAUGGCGCCACCGAUAUGAACGGUCUUAAUUGGUAAUCUUUUAGGUUAAGUUGUAGAUACGAAAAAAAAAUCCCCCGGAGUGUAGCACCUCGCGGCGCGCCAGGAAAGGCUCGCUCGAAAGAUACGGCCGAUAGGAUUAAUUAAUGCGCGCGCACGCGAGGACUUUAAGGAUCGAGGCUCCUCGGCUCCCUAACUUCGAAGUCUCACUCGGCGACGCUACUCCCCGGUCGCCGCCCUCCUCGGGGUCGAUUUUGUAUCUUUGGUAAGAGUGCUCCCUUCUCGUCACUUUCAUCUCACGUGAGUUUAGUCACUCGGUUCUGGGUCCUCCGGGUGAAAAUGUAAAACCCCUAGACCGAAAUAAGUAGACCCGAAAUCUCACGCGACUUAUCUCACAUUUCGAGUAUAGUGAAAGUUACAGGUUCACGGGAGGUGUCCACUUUUAGUAUUUUCACUAGGCUCGAGUUACGGAACCAACCCCCUGAGUGGAAGUUACUCCUUUUUAGCAUUUCUACUAGAAUCUAGUUACAAAUUCGAUCCCCUGGUAGUUCUUGUUCGUCGUCGCCAAAUAACACGAAGGCAAUGUUAAGCCUGGUUUAUGCUUCCGUCCCAACCCUAACUUAAUUAUUCAUAGUGACGAAUUCAUAGAGAACGUUUAUGAUUCCCUUAUCUUAACUGUAACCCUCGUCCUAGUCCUAAAGAGUUCCCUAUUUCGAACUUAUCUUAACAUACCUCGAGAUUUUAAGGAAGAACGCUUGCGCAUAGUUUAAAUAUGAAUAUAAUCUCCAUAACUUUGUGUUUUCAUUAUUCGCAGCAACGGCAAUUCGGAUAAGAGAAAUUACACGACGCUGCCUAUCUAUUUUAAUGAGGAGCAGUUUGAAAAUUGUGCUACGAAAAUUCCUGUAUGUGAUUCACAUGACAAGGGCGGAAACAGAAACCAUGUUCUAUAUACCGUUCCUCUCUUUUUCGCGUCACUCGGCAUGAAAUUCGUUAUCGAGUAUUCUCACUUGAAGUAUCUCUAAUUUUUGUCUCGGUGGGAAUUACGAAAUCGCGAUAGUUACUCCUUUUCGGCAUUUUCAUAGGUUCUGGUUACAAAAUCGACCCCUCGUCCUCGCUUCCUGGCGCCACUCCACCGUCGGGCCGAGAACUACCGUGGCGGCCGGACCCAACCUAACCUCCAACUCCGAAUGCCCUCUCGAGCUCUCGAUAGCUGCUUAAGGUCGUUCUAGACGUAGGAGAAAACACGAAAUCGUGGUUUUCCGUUUUCUCUCGGUGUACGCGGCGAAGGGAUGGCGAUGACGCGACGUAAUAAUGGAAUUAUAUAUUCAGUAUCCGACGAUGAUAGAUCAAGGAAAGUGGACAGAAACAUAAGCAACA